AGAGCAGGGUACUAAAUCAGAUUGAUAGCAAUUGCGCUUGGUAUUUCCCGUUAACUUGAUCGCUCAAAUCUGAGAGUAUCCAAUUUUUCAUCAUCUCAUCUCAGAGUCUCGGACAUAGGAGACUACCAAAAACUCUCUAAGAAAACAAUCCCAAAUAGACAUGGAGCAGGAGAAGGGACAAGACGCGCCGCCGUCCACUUCUCCCACAUCGACACCACCUCUUCUUCCUCCGCCUCCGCCAUCUUCAUCAUACGCGUUGUUCUUAACGAUUAUGAGCAAAAGGAGAACAUGGGUAUUUCUGUUUGUUCUGGUUUACGCUAUCCUUUUAGUUUCUUCGUGGAAUUCCCUGAAAUCGAUACUUUCUUGGUACAAAUACCAAUCCCGAUCCUCUUCUCCUUCUUCCUGUUGGCCUGCCCUCUAUGCGUCCGUCCUCCUCGGUGCCGUUUUCGGGCUGCUUUCCAUGGUUGCGGCGCUGGCUGUGGCGGUGCCGGCCACUCUGGUCACGUGGAUAACUAUUGUGGUCUUGCUCGCUUUCUUUGGGAAACCAAAACGGACCUUGGUGCUCGAAGGAAGGAAAAUCACUAUAGAAAUCGCUAGCUUCGUGUUCAAGAUUUUGUUGAAGGAAGGGAACCUUGUGGCUGCUGUUUGUGCCGUUUUGGGUUACUUCGCAUUCGUCAGGAAGAACUCCGAGCAAUACGGUGUAACGAAGAUCGUUGCGUGCAGGCAAGCCAACCAAUCAUGAAUGCCUUGGACAUAA